UUAUCACAACAAACUUUUCAAACGAAUAAAAGUAUAUUUGUAAAUAACAAAAUUUUAUCUCUUCUACAUUAUAAUUAAAGUUUAUAAAAUGUCGAAAAGGAAAGUAGCCAAGUUGGAUGCAGUGGUGCUAAUAAAACGAGACGACAGAACUGAACGAGCCGUUGCUGCCGUUUUAAAACGAAAAACUUGUGCAAUUUGUCACGAAAUUUGUACCGAUGUGAAAAUUAUGGAUGAAAAGACAGGUCAAAUUUUUGCGACGGAACUAUCAAAUUUUCUGAACAGUGAAGAAGGUAAAAGUUCUCGCUAUUCGUGUAAAACUUGUUUCGACUCGUUGGAGAAAGUGGUCAGCUUAAAAUCAACAAUUUCCAUUUUGGAGAUGGAAAUAGAGAAAAUUUUAGAUACUUUGAAAAACGUCAUAGUUAAUAGGAAACUGCAGCGGAAAUCAGAAAUCAUAAAAACUCGCAUCAUCACCCCAAGGUCAAGGUCAGAGGUCAUCACCCAAGCCGCAGUAAAAGACGAGGAGUCCGAUGAAGAAGAAGCAAAUAGUCCAGAAUUGACGAAAUGGCUGCAAGUUAACUGUCUCGAAUCCUCCUCUCCUGCCGAAAAUGACGACAUGAUAAGUGACCAAGAUGAUGACAUCUUUACGAUAAAGGAGGAGGAACCAUUUGUCGAAGUAGCCGACUCAGCACGUGAAGUUGCCACUGGACAAAUUCGACUUUCAAGAUUUGAGGGUAAACCCAGAGCCGAAUCAACCGUUCAAAUAAUAAUAGCAGAUACGGAAAUUGAAAAUAUUAUCGAAGUACCUGCAGAAAAGAUAAGCAGAAAAUCACCCUCAAUUUCCGGUCAUGUCGACACAUCACCUGGAAACGAAUGUGACGAGCAAUUAGACAAUCACCCCCCAACGAAGAGGAAAAGUCGUGUCCUGGCUGACCAAUUAAUUCGUAAAACUUUCCACCAAAAUGAACAAAGUGAUGAUGAUGAGAAGGAUGAAAGUAAUUCAUCCGGAUCUGAAGAAAGUCAGGAUUAUGACAUGAUAAGUGAUGUUAACGAUGAGAAUGACGCUGAUUCUGACGAUGACGAAGACUCGAGGUCGGAAAUUUCUGACCAGAAAGGCAAGUCCAGUGGAGAAAGUAGGAAACCAUUCGAGAGAAAUUUCCAGUGUCAAUUUUGUCCAAAGAAAUAUUGCUACAAACGUGAUCUAAGGAAACAUAUAAAGUGGCUUCAUUUCGACAUGAAAAGCUUGGACGAGAAAGAACGCCCGGGUGACGAUGACGCAAGUAAACAGCGCUUCCAGUGUCAAUUUUGCACAAGGAAAUACUAUCAAAAAAAUGGUUUGAGAAGACACCUUAGAGAGCUUCAUUCCGACGUUUGGAAUCCAACUACUCACUGUGACGAAUGCAGUGAAACAUUUCAGGAUAUCGCUGCCUUAAGGGAGCAUCGAGAAACGCAUCGCAAUAAGGAUGAAGAAAAAGACAGAUCGACAAUCUGCGACGUUUGUGGCAAGCAACUGAAAACCUAUCUGGGUUUAGUCUCUCACCGCGGUCAAGCACAUCCAGAUCCAGACACCAAGAAGAAGACCCGUCGUUCCCCUCCAACGGACACAUUUCCAUGCCCAAUAUGCAAAUCAGGCUACACAUCCUCCUCCCAAGCCCAGUUGGACCGACAUGUCAAGCACGUCCAUGAAAAUCCUGGUCAAUUUCAGUGUCCCAACUGCCCCCGAAAAUUUAACUUUUCCUCCUAUCUACGCGGACAUCGAAGAUACUGCAAGGGCCCUUCCGGUACGAGGCGGGAUCUUCGAAGGGAGCGCCCCUUUCAAUGCGACCUUUGCCUGAACACCUUCGUUGCCUACAAUUCGCUACAAACGCACAAAAAACAAAUCCACCCCACCGAACAAGUCAUGAAAUGUCCCCACUUUCCCGAAUGCAAGAAGAAAUUCACCUCCCAACGUGGUCUACAAGAACACGUGGACGAAUUUCAUGCAGAAUUGUCGGAGCGAGAUUUUUGCAAAAUUUGUGACAUCAAAUUUCCCACUGUAAAAGAGAAGAUUAAACACGUGCGAGUCACCCACGUGCUGAUAAGGAGUGCCAAUUGUACGGAAUGUGACCGGGUAUUUACCGGAGAAAAUGCUGCCUAUCUGCUUAAAGCUCACAUGGUGGUACACACCAGGGAGAAGUCGUAUUUAUGUUCGAAGUGUGGGCAAUCAUUUUCGCAACAAACCGCACUAAAGGUGCAUACGCGAAUUGUCUGCAAUCCGAAUAAGGAAGAGGCCCAGAAAGCUAGGGAGAUGCGGGCACAGAGACAAAAAGAGUAUCGAGAGAGGCAGAGGAAGUGCUCGGUCAAGUGUAAAAUUUGUAAAAAGUUGUUCAUAUCCGAGAAGAAUUUGAAAGUGCAUGUCGACACGGUGCAUAAUAAAAAGAAGGGAGUUUUAGAGAGUGAUAGUAGCGAAUCUGAAUCAGAAUAGGGAGCUGUAAAUAAUUAAUAUUUCAAUAUGUACCGAUAAAAUUGCAGAAUUUAAUGUGACUUGUGUAUCCUAAAAGUAAAAAAAAACGAAUGAAAUUAUUUUUUAGCAGAAAAAAGUUUUUAACAUUUUAAUUUAAGUAUUACGCUACGUUGUAUGUAUAUGGAUGGAAUAAAGCUGUCUUGAGUAAUCGUAAUCGGAAUGAGUUGCUAUAAGUAAAAGAAAUAUAUUUACAUUUUGCAAAUUACAAUU